AUGAAGUUUUCAUUCUUGAAACAUAAUUUAGCUGAGCUUAUCAGUAGUGCAGAACUGUUAGAUUCACCAAGCUCUAUAAUAAAGAAAUUCGGUCCAUACCUUAUGACCAGUUUAUUUAAUGGAAAGCUUUAAGAGAGUCAGGAAGUCAUAAAUUAUAUGGAAAAGAAUAUUGAUAAAAGUUCUUUCAUUCGAAACUUUACUUAUGACCCUCAUGCUAAAAAUUGGAGAACUAACUAUAGGAAAUCAAUUGAAAGUUUAGCUUGUUCGAUUAUAGUUGAUAAUCAAAAUAUCAUUGAUAAGCAUUACACAACAACAUUGAAGUAAGAAUAAAUUACUUUGCCAGAAGCACUGCCUUUAGCGUAUACUUUGGUUGUUUAAAAAGUAAAAAAGUGGAAUACCACGCAAGAAUAAGAGGCUUUGGAAAGAUUAACCUAUUUACUAAAUAAUUAAAAGCAGGAUCAAUAAAAAAUGAAUAUAAACCUUCUGUAUUAAAAGUAUUUCCUAUCUGACCUUGGAUAGUAUUACCCUGAUUUGUUAAGUUAUUCUUAAGGUAAGAUCUUCUGUACAGAACUGCCCUUGGAUUACUUUAUCGGGGAAUUGAAAACAGAGUACAAUGAUUUCUUUAUCGAAGAUAACAGUUUGGUUGAUUUGAAAAUAGGUGAUUAAGUUUAUGUUUUUAUGUACCCUGAAGAAUUCGAGAACACAACUAUUAAAGCUUUUUUGUUAAAAUUUGUGAGAAUCAAGAGAUUGCAGGAGUUGUACUCUAAUGUUCAUGUUGUUUGGUGUUAUAAAGGGAUGAAAAAGAAGGAGUUACUAGACGCUAUUGGUAUCUGA